AUGACCCCACGCAUUCGACUAGGUCUAAACUCCAAGCCCUGGCACGAUUACAGCGACAUCAAAGCAUACAACGAGGAGUUCUUCUCGCCUGAGUUCCAGAGCAGGUUUCCAGAUGGCAAGCUGCCGCUCUGCUCCUCUAUCCCAGAGGGACAGUGGAUCUAUAGGGACUGCAGCACGAACGACGAGUGGGUCAUCUAUGCAGCCGCGACUCCGCCAUACAACGCCAUCUUGUGCGAGAAGGUAUGGGCCAACGAGGACGUGGAUCCGCAUGGAAGCGUUCUUGCGGACACUGAAUACUACGUCGCCGAUCAUCACUUCGAACCCGUCGAGAACGCCCAGGAGAUCCGCGACUCACUGCCGCCGGACGCUACGCUGCAGGAUGCCAUGCAGGCACUGUUCAGGACAUGUAAAGGCUGCGCCAAGUAUGUCAAGAUGUAG